AGGUGGAUCUUACGGAUAAUAUCCGGAUGGUUUGCACUUUCGAAACGGCACCCCACCUAUGGCGGGGCGCAAAAAGGCCACGCCGACGGAGAAGUCGUCGCGCCCUGAACUCGUAGCUUUUGUGACGUCCGUGGCGAAUGAAUCAUCCCCAGACUACCGAGCAUUGUCGGCCAGACGUCCGUCCGCAUUGAACGACAUCAUCUCGGUGUUGCGGAAUGGGGCCAACCACAUCCAUGAACGCGCGGUGGCUGCACGUGCGCUUGGGCUUCUCAUGGACCGUGACGUGGCGCUUCGACAGCGCAUGAAAGUCGAUUCGGACACGUUGGUCGAUUCGUUGCUUCAGAUCAUUAAUUCGUGUCGACACGCCAAAUCGCAGUCGACAGAAUACCGAAAAAUGCACGUGAAUUGCUGCUUGGUCAUCUCGAUGGUCAUGGACGCUCCGCGGGGCGACCAUGCUGCGGUUGGUAGUGUCGUGGCGAUCAAUUCAGACCUGCUGAAACUAACCGCCCCACCCGCUCCACUCGUCCACCCCCCCCUCAAAUCCAAGUCGUCCACUCCAUCUUCGUCCCCUUCCGCUGCAUAUUCCCCACCUACAGUAUCGACGGCGCCCCCCUCUAGCCCAUCGAGAAACCAACACGACGCAGACUCACCCCCGCGCACCACCACAAACAAGAUGUCCAGGAAACGAAGUUUGGCCUCCACGAGUACGACUCCCCCUUCGGACACGGGGCUCGACCUCGUCUUUCGACCUCCGACCACGAGUCGACACCGGUCGGCCCAUUCCGGACCCCGCCCCGUCUCGAUGAAGUCUGUCCUCUUUGGUGACGAAGGGCGGGUCAUGGGGCUCACCCCCUCUGGCGAUAACCUCCCCAUCUACGAGUUCAACGCGACCUUCUCCGGCUACAGCGUUCCCAACGUGUAUUUCCCCUUCCAUCGCCCCAAUACGUCAGCCGGCACGCCGCCUCCGUCGUACACGAGCCGCGACAUGAUGCGCCCCACGACUAUCUCGAAACCAAGCCGCGCCAUAAAGUCGUCCCACCAAACCCACGCAUUGACAUCUACCCCCAACAUCAUCUUUCCGUCCAAGUUGUAUCGGGACUCGUUGCAGUCCAGCCACCGACCGCGCCCGUUUGUCAUGCCACCGGAUUACAUGCUGGACAUGCUCAAGACCAACCAAAUGCCGCUUUCACUUCCGUUUAGUCGCCACAGCACAUGCCGAGCCGACUCUUCCGACAGUCGCAUUCAACCGACACCAUGGGGUGAAGUGAAUCGCGUUGUCCUCGGCACAAGUUUUGCAAAAUACCCCCAGCUACAAAGUAUCGCGUUUAUUGCCGAGCCGACGACAUCACGUGAACAAGUCGUGCCCUAUAACAACGAGAGCAAAUGCAUCGGUGGAGGGCGAACGCACGAUGAAGAAGACGACAACAACUUGGACAUAAACAGCGUCGCAUACAAGAGAAGGCGACUGCUGGCGAUUUUGCACGCCCCGAUUGACUCGACCUCCGACAUGCAAACCCUCGCCAUCAAGGAACACACGACCAUCAUGACAGGGUUCAGCCUCACGCUGCAUCAACUGCACGACGACGAGCGGUCCAUCAUGACAAACUUGAGCCAGACGAUCUUGGAGCAGCGAAACCAGCUGCCGCUCAAAUUUCUCUUCGAGUUACCGGGGGGCAUCGGGUACUGCCGUGACCGGCUCCAGACAUCCAUGGCGCUUUGGGUCGAGGAGUUUGAAGUAAACCAGCAACGAGCAGCGUGGCUGCAGUGGAAGGCGCUGGUGGAAACGUUUCGAUUCAAGGAUCGUAUGGGGGAUUUUGUCCGACAGGCCGCGUUGAAGCGCAUGCGGCUGGCCAUGGAUCUAAUGGUUAAGGCGUUCGUUCACAAAGGAUGGGUCAAGUGGGUGUUCACCACCCAAAUCGACAUUUGGCACUUUCGAGAUCGACAUGCUCGCAAGAUCCAGCCCCACCUGCGGCGCCACUUUGCCAAGAAGGCGUUCUUGGCAAGUCAUGAUGUCAAGCCCGUGGGGGGGUGCUUUACUGACAUGUUCUUGGCGCCGCCCCGCCCGAACCUUCCGUUUCAAAUCCCCCUGCGCGUCCGACUCGAGCGGCGGCAGCUCUGGUUUGCCGCCAUCGCCGUGCAAGCGCCAUACCGUGGCCGGCGCUUCCGCAAGUUUAUGCGGACGCAGCGCCUCGCGGCCACGAAGAUCCAAGCCGCGUCUCGUCGGCGGCAAGCGCGGCUGAAAUACGUGGCUGCGCGGGCCAAGGUAAUUCGUCUGCAGGCGCAUAUCCGCCGCCACCUUGCGCGCAAAGCGUUUGUUCGACUCCGCAACGCCACCAUGAUGGUGCAGCGCAACCUUCGCGGCCGCAUGGCGCGCCAAUUCGUGCGGUUGGUGGUGCUCGCGACCCGUCGCCAAGGAGAAUGGCGAUGGCAAACGGUGCAGCCCCUGCUUCGGCUGGCGCGGGGGCAUCUAGCCCGGCAGCAAGCCCGGGCUAUCCGAGCAUAUCAUGCCAACCGGCUGCGAUCCGCCCUGCUCAUUCAAAAGGCAUGGUACACGUACAACAACGAGUGGACGACGUUCCUCCUCCUCGGGUGUCUAAGGGAGCGCGAAGUGGACGAGAAGCGGUGGGAGCGGGACCUCCACCUGUUCCACCGGCACCAGAGCGCUGCACGCAUCCAGACCGAGUUUCGAGCGUUCGUAGCCAACCAACGACACACGAUGGCGCUUCGGAUUCAACUAGCGUACCACUGCCACGUAGCUCGACGGGCGUUGGCGCGGCUGAAAGCGCGAGUGAUUGCCCACCGGCGGAUCAAGUGGUGGUUCCGCGCCCACCACGCCCGCCGCCACCGCCUGGCCACACGGAUUCAGUACUGGUGGCGCAAGGCGGUACCCGGUCGUAUGCUGCGCCAUUUGGCGUACGUGGCGAAGGUCAUCGAGGCCAUCGAACGAAGACAAGCUCGAGUCCGAGAGUACAACGCCGCCACAACCUUGCAAGCCAUCGUGCACGGGGUAUGGAUACGCUAUCGCGUGAAAAAGACCAAGAGCGCCAUGGUGAUCCAACGAAAUGUGCGACGGCGGCAGGCGCAACAGCUGGCCAAGAGACUUCGCUACGACCGCCGCGUUCGAAUUGCUACGGCGUGUCUCGACACCGUUUACCGCCAAGUCGUGUUUCGCGUGCUGGAGCGUCGCAACUUGCAGUUUCGAGCGUGCGCUACGCAAAUCCAACGAAUGUACCGGGGCCAGAAAACCCGGCAGUCCCUGGCUGAGCAUUGGCGCUGGCUGGACGAGCGGACGCGGAUGGCGCGGCGAGUGCAGCGCCUGUGGCGCCAAACGGCAGACAAGCGGUUUGCUAAGCGGUUACUGACCCUCCAGCGCCGUCGGGUGGCGAAUCCAUUCACAGCCAUCUCGUCGCUUUCGGCCGUGGUGGACACUGCGAUCGAGAAAUCGCUGGUGCAUUUUGACCCGUACGACCUGCUGGUGGGUCUCACGCUUAUCGGGUGGCUGCGGCGGCUCGGCCUGGACGAGUACUAUGACGUGCUCUACCAACACGGGUACACGACCACAACAUCGUUGUCAAGUAUCACGGACGAGUUUUUGCAAUCGACGUGUCAGAUCAAAGACAAGGAUACCAAGCAGCUGUUUCUCACGGGCAUGCGGUACCGGCAAUGGCAAACUGACGUUGUCGAACAGCGAAAGGUCGUGGCCAAGCUCGAGAAAGCCGCCGCACGACUCGACGCGCAUUUCCAAAAAGCGCUCAAGGGAUUAAGAGAGCAGCAAGGUGUGGUCCUGCGGUGGCAACACAAGGCGGAAAAGGCGCAGGCGGAGGCCACCGAGUUCGCCCAUCCCCCCAAAGCCGUCCGGCGAAAGCUCCAACGAGCCCAAGUCGCGUUGGCUGCCGCCGAGUCGGCGCUCGAGGCGUGCGUGAAAGCCAAGGGGGAAAAGGAAGCGGCGGCGGGGGCCGCCAAGGACAAGUGGAUGCAGGCUAAAGCUGACUUAAAACCGAUGGAAGCCAACGAGAUCAAAGCAGUGUUUAUACGUCAAGCUGCCACAUAUGUCGACUCGGCCGAGACAAUCAAGACUCUGUUCUUGGACUACUUUCCCAACAUGGACUUUCGCGCCGUACGUUUUGUCGAGUCGCUUCACGACAAACCCGUGACACUAGCACAACUGGUCCGGUUCUUCGGUCGCUUCACCACGAUUUCCGACGUGAAAUUCAACACGGCGUUGCUUACAACGUCCCCCCACGACGCAGAAAUUGCUACCCACGAGCACAAACGCCUGCAACUUUGCACCGACGUCUUACAGUUCGCGGUCGAGAGAUGUGGUGACCUCCUCCACGUGCCUAUCCUGGGCAUGAUCGACCCACGACAGGCGCCGUCGGAUCUGUCGUCGUCCGUUCUGACAGUUGUCCAAGGGCUACAACAAACCCGAAGCCAGCCGUUGCCCGAGCGGCCACUGACCCUGCGCAUUUGCUUGGCGGAGCUGUUGCAAAUGGAAGCUUGUGCCAUGAAGGUGCAGCGCCUGUGGCGAACGCGGCAAGGCCGGCAUAUGGCGAUAGCAUUACGAGACCAGCAACUCCGCAGCCAUCUCGCCGAGUCGUACGCGGCCGAGCGGAACCGCCAAAACGUGCGAAAGGUAUGGGAAGACGACCUGAAGAAAGCUCAAGCGAUGCUACAAGCCAGGACAGACGCUGCCCGCGAGGCGGAACUAGUCGCGGCGUUGAGCAUGACGCUGCGCUUUGGGUACUCGCAGGAAUGGGACGACGACCACCAGGCGUGGUAUUACAUGCACAUGUCCACGGGCGAAAAGCUGUGGGAUCGACCGAGUUUCAACCGCGACGAGUUCAAAGCCGUCCACUUGCUGCAGCGGUUGGUCCGGCGAUACUUGGGCAAGUGCCGACGGGUGGCGUACAAGCGGUCCCUUGACCGAUGGGCCAAAUAUGAACGGGAUAAGGUCGUGUGGGACGCGCAAUGGAUGGACCGCAAGCGCUUUGUCACGUUGCGAAUUGGCGACAUCCAGACUACUACCCCGGCUACCAUCGUGACGUGGCGACAUGAUAGUAGCCAUCCAUUCUCUCGUUCUGCUUUGUCAAAAGGAGCAGUACUACCCGCCAUCCCAUCGACAGCAGACACGUUGAACGCGUGGACGACGCUGUUGGAGCAGGCGUAUCACAAAAGCGUCCGGAAGGAUCACCUGACGCACAUGCUGCUGCCAGUGUACGCGCGCCCCCCCAACGCCCACGCGGCGGCGACGCUCGAGUUCCUGCGCUUGUUCAGCCACCUCCGCGAUGCCCUUCGCCCCACUGGCAGCGUGAAGUUGUCCAUGGCGUACACAAAGGUCGACAUGCCGUUCGGGUGGUCCGAGGUGCCACAGGACACGGUGUACUACCUCCACGAGCCGACGGGGGCUGUGAGUUGGGACGUGCCAGAGUUCACGUUUGACGACGAGUAUGCCGCGCGGAAGCUCCAGUCGGCGUAUCGCAUGUUCCAGGGACGCAAAGCGUUCAAGCGGAUGCUGCACACGUUCUCGUUCGUCGACUUGUUGCACGCAUCCAUCAAGCAUGGCGCGGGCGUCGGGUGGGUUGGCUUUGGCCUCGAAGGCAUGUCGCUUCCAGUGUACUUGAGCCGCGUCGGUCUUGUCAAGCAAAUCCCAAGCAUUACGAAAACGAAACUCAACAUCGAGUCCUUCUGGACCGUUCCCGACGACAAGUGGUUGGGGCUUGGGGUUGUGUGGUCGAAGGAAGAAAAGGCGCUGCUGGCCACCGCCCCCCGCCCGCCCCUCGGUGCCCUGAAUGGAGACAAGCACGGGUUCCACAUCCUCCCCACGGAAAAGGUGUUGACGCAGCUCCUCAUGGCCCACUUUACAGGCCAACAAGGCCGAGUCCAGAGCAUCGUCCGGGCGUUCCGCGACCUCCCCUUUCCCGUGUCAUACAAACAACUCGAAAUGUACAUUCGGGGGUACACGGGGCGACCAGCGCAAGCAGCAGAGAACGUGAUGGAGAUUGUGCCCCACGGCAGCACUACCAUCGAAAACGAAGUGGAUUUGUACAAGCUCUUCCGGCAUGCGUUGCGGAGAUGCGCCAUUGUCGCAACCAACCUCAAGCUCAACCCCCUGGCUAAACGACUCGACCACGUGCUUCACGUUGCCACGUCGAUUCUUGGCGUGGCUUGUGAUUUAAAACUCGCUGUCGCAGCGACCCCUCUUUCCCUGAACGACUUGGCCUGGGUGGGCCGGACCUUGCCCUGUGUGAAAGGGUUAUGGGAAAACAACUUUCGGCAAAGUGGCAAAUUGACAGUAGCCCAAGCCGCGCUGUGGCUGCGCCAAGAAGGCGUCGAGUUCAUGCUGCAAUACAUCCGAUCAACGGUCGCUGUCCAGUCGACCUACCGCAUGCACGUGAUCCGCAAGUGGUACAUGGUGGUGGUGGCGCACCGCAACUACUCCGCGCUGACCAUCCAACUCGCGUGGCGAUGCAGUCGCGCCCGCUCCGUGCGGUCGCAGUACCUUGCCGAACAAACGUCCGACUACGAGCAGCACUACGUCGAGGCGAGUCAGCUGUACUUCUUCGUUUACGUACCGACCCAAGAGCGCAUCAACGUGAGCCCCGUCGACGCGUACGGCGCUCCCAUCGCAUACCGACCGGUUGUGUUGGAUCGCGUGACGAGGAAGUUAAUCCUGGCGUGGCCGUGGCUGGCGUCGUCCAAUCAAGCGCCGGAUGUGGCGGCGGGCAACGUGUUCGAGUCCAACGUCGUGUGCUCGGUGUGCGACAAUGAGCGAGCAAGCCGAGUCUGCGACGUCUGCUGCACGAGUCGUGGCGACUACAUUUACUAUUGCUUUGCGUGCUACUGCUCGGCGCACCCCCCCGCGCUGACCUGGCACACGUACCAGCCCCUCAAUCGGCUUCAAGCGCUGGCCCUACGAUGUGUCGAGUGCACGCGGCUGAGUUCCCAUCGAUGUUUAGUGUGCAAAGAAGACUACUGCGACCGAUGCGUCGCCCGGAUUCACAGCAAGGGCAAGAGAGCGACUCACUUAAUUGAACACUACGAGCCCAAGAGUCAAGUGUGCAUCGAGUGCGAACAACGCGUGGCACUGAAGGUUUGUACGGUGUGUGCCGACGCCUUGUGCGAGGAUUGCGCCAGUCGAACCCACGCCCGAGGCAACAAGGCCAAGCACGUGAUGGACCCCCUCCUGCAGCCCCUUCCCCCCGGCUCUGAACACUGCAUCCAGUGCAAGAGCCGCGUGGCAGACCGCACCUGCCGCCACUGCGCCGGUCCCGUGUGUCAUGUCUGCCUCGACACGUCGCAUCCGGCGCUGUGUUUGGACGCCCAGUUUGAAGCGGCGAAACGAGUGCUGCUUGGCGACAACGUGUGCGUGGACUGCGGCAAGCCGGCCGACCGCGUUUGCGAAACCUGCGGCGACAAGUACUGCAGCGUGCGGUGGAUGGGGAACCCAGGGUGCUUUGAGCGCUUUCACGCCAAAGGCAAGCGCAUUGAACACGUGGCAGCGAGCCUCGACGUGCCGCCGCUGGUGCUGUCGCCCGAGGCGUUGGCCCUCGAGAAGAAAGUGGCCGCGCACAAGCACGCCAUGCAGGCGGCCGCGGACGUCGCCGCCAAAGCACAAGAGGCCGCCGAGAUGGACGAACGGCGCCAGAAUGAACGGGUGCAGAAGGCGGUUGCUGCUGACGUCCAACGCGCCAAACGAUUGGUCGCGACCGAAGUCCCGCCCCCCGAGUCGUCCGACGUCUCCGCGACGACCCCUGAGCGCCGCACGGUCGUGUUCCGCAAGCCGAAAAAACAGGCCCCCCGAUGCACGACGCAGGGCUGCACGGCCGAGGCGCUGCGGAAGCUGCCGUUUUGCCCAAGUCAUUGCACGGCGCAGAACCUGCUGGCCAUGGGGCACGACGCCAAAGGCGCGGCGAGGAUCAUGGCCGAGCUCGAAAAAGUCAAAGGACGCCACGCCCACGAAGCCGAAUUCGGCGUGUCGCUGCUGGAAAAAGUGCGUCGGGAAUUCAAAGAUAUGGCGUUCUUAAUCAACGAAAAGUGAUCGACAAGGGCACAAAACCUUCUGCGACGACGACGACGACGACGACG